UGAUACUGCCAAUUUUAUUAAGAAAAGUACAAAAAACUUUAUAAACGCAAUCUUUAAAUAAUAGUGUUUUGGAAGUACGACAACUACAAAAUAAAGUAUUGAUUAACAGGCCAUCUGUUCCAAAUAUAUUGAUUUUGAUAUGGUUGAGCCUGGUAGAUAUUGUAAGUAGAUGUAUAGUCUAAUACAUAUAUUACACGUAGUUAAUAGACACUUAAAACAGUUCACUGUAUCAGGACUACUGACUUGAUUAUAUUUAAUAUCUUGAUAUCCUGAGCUUAGCUUGCACUUGUGUUUAGGCGUCGUGGAAAACCAAAGUUAAUCGCCUACCAGGAACAAUAGCAAGGACUGAACUACAUUAGAGUGUUAUAUUUUAAUAGUAAAUUAUAUAGUUAAAUAAAUAAAUUAUAAGUAUGAAAAUGAACGGAGACCCAGUCGAAAAAGCGGAAAAAGAUUACAACCCCUUUGAGCACAGAAAAGUGGAAAAGCCUAAUUCAGAUGCCAGAGCCCUCGCAAAUGUUCUCAAGGCCUCACUGGGGUCUGGCCUGCUGGCUAUGCCCGUGGCAUUUGCCAAUGCUGGUUGGUCGGUUGGCAUCGUUGGCACGAUCAUCAUUGCUUUUAUUUGUGGCCACUGCGUUCACAUAUUUGUGGACACUUCCCGGAGCUGCUGUAAGGCGGAACGGAAACCUCUCCUCAACUACGCCGAGACCUGCAGAGCUGCAUUCGCUAAUGGUCCUAAAAGUGUUAGACGAUAUGCUAAAGCUGCAAGUGUUAUAGCAGAGUUGUCUUUAUUUUUCUCGUACAUGGGAGUCUGCUGCAUAUUUACGGUACUCAUAGCGGAAAAUUUUAAACAGCUCUUCGAUACAUACUAUCCCGUCGUAACUCUUUCAGUGCAAUAUUACUGUCUUAUUUUGCUAGUACCUAUGAGUAUCUUGACACAAAUAAGACAUCUCAAGUGGCUGGCGCCCUUUUCCUUCCUAGCGAACGUAUUAUUGGUCCUUACAUUCGCAAUAUGUCUAUUUUACAUAUUCAAAGAUCCGAUAUCUAUCGAAGGUGUAAGGGCUGUGGGACACGUAUCUAGAUUCCCUGCGUUUUUGUCAACGGUAAUCUUCGCAAUAGAAGGCAUCGGCGUAGUGAUGCCAGUAGAGAACGCUAUGAAAAAGCCCGAGCACUUCCUUGGAUGUCCAAGUGUCCUGGUGAUAGCUGUGGGCAUCAUCAUAGUGUUAUACACUACACUGGGCCUGUUUGGCUACUUCAGAUACGGCGAUUCUGUGAUGGCCACUAUAACGCUCAAUUUACCUGUUAAUGAGUGGCCUGCGAUUUGUGCGAAAGUGUUCAUAGCUUUAUCGAUUUUCCUCACGUAUCCUCUACACUUCUUCGUAGUAGUCGACAUUUUUACAAAAUACGUCAACCCACACGUCAAGAAACAAUACAUGGACAUUGCUCAGAUUUGCAUGAGAAUCUGUAUUGUUUGGUUUUGUGGCGCAGUCGCAAUAGCCUUGCCGAUGAUGGAACAGAUCAUCAACUUCGUUGGCGCUCUAUUUUACUCAAGCUUAGGCCUUAUCAUCCCAGCUAUCGUGGACACCGUUUACCGCUGGCCUGACCUCGGGAAAUACCAGUACAUCCUCUGGAAGAAUUGUCUCAUAAUGCUGUUUGGAUUCAUUUGUUUAGUUUCUGGAUGUGCUGUAACUAUAGGAGACAUCAUUCAGAAUUUGCGUGAGCAAAGUACGGUGUGACAAACAAGACAGUUUAGUAUUAUGGAAUUAAAAAAAGCACCAAACUAUUAAAUCAAACUGGCAAAAAAAAAUGAUAAGAAGAAUUAAUAAAUAACCUCGUACGACUACAUAAGGUUUGAACUUUUAUAUGAAUAAAGAAAGUUCUUAAUUUAAAAGCACAAAAAACUACCAGGGCUCCACGAGGCUGAAGGUUGUAAAGGUGUGGCUUUCAAAUGCAGACUUCAUAUUUCGCUGUCCGCUCAUUCAACGCUGCGUUUAUCGCGUAUCAUCAGAUCAGAAAACGUAAGAAAUGUAAAUUUCUUAUAUUCUGAUUUCUGUUCUCCACGCACGUUGAACACGUUGAAUUUGUCGCCUUAACACACCGUUGGACACAUAAUGGAUAGAUGUGAUGAAUUGAUGAUAUAUACCUUUUGGGUUGUCUCGUUCGUUUUUCGUCACGUUACUAAAUUUGUCCGAUUCUGCUUACAUCAGCCAUUCUUUAUUCGUCACGA